CAUAAUAGGCCCCACGUAGGAACUUAUUUUAUUCUCAUUCAGUGGGGCGGCUUUUCUCGUCGGGAUUUCAUGCAAUCCGGUGGCCUUUCGUACCGUAAAUCAGAUUUGUCCUUCUUUUAUUCUCGGGUCAGCUACAGUUGCUACUUCGCCUUCACGGCGACACCCAAACUGGCCAAUCUCUUACUGGAGCUCUACGCUGGAAGCGUACCUGAUCGACAAUCCAGGCUGCAUCUCAAUAACUUAAAUACCUGUUAAUUACAC